UCGUCUUUCCCUCACCAAACAGCACCGCCCAUCUCCUUCUCCUCCCAGGCAGGCUCCUCCUCUUCUUCGUCCUCCUUUCCUCCCCUUCACUGCAACUAGCAGAGCACGAGCAAGCAAAGCUAAGAGCAUCUAGCCGUGUGGCCAUGGGCGCCUUCUUGCUCUUCCUCUGCCUCCUCGCGCCGUUCAUCCUCGCCUGCGCCGUCCGCGGCAGAAGGAACGGGGCGCGGCGACCGGGUGCUGCAGGCGCCUCGCCAUGCGGCCAGGCGCUGCCGCUGCCGCCGGGGUCGAUGGGGUGGCCGUACGUGGGCGAGACGUUCCAGCUCUACUCAUCCAAGAACCCGAACGUGUUCUUCGCCCGGAAGCAGAACCGGCACGGGCCCAUCUUCAAGACGCACAUCCUGGGGUGCCCCUGCGUGAUGGUGUCCAGCCCGGAGGCGGCGCGCUUCGUGCUCGUCACGCAGGCGCAGCUCUUCAAGCCCACCUUCCCGGCCAGCAAGGAGCGCAUACUGGGGCCCCAGGCCAUCUUCUUCCAGCAGGGCGACUACCACGCCCACCUCCGCCGUAUCGUCUCCCGCGCCUUCUCCCCCGAGGCCAUCCGCGCCUCCGUACCCGCCAUCGAGGCCGUCGCGCUCCGCUCCCUCCGCUCCUGGGACGGACAGCUCGUCAACACCUUCCAGGAGAUGAAGACAUACUCACUGAAUGUGGCAUUGCUGUCCAUCUUCGGCGAGGAGGAGAUGCGCUACAUCGAGGAGCUGAAGCAGUGCUACCUGACGCUGGAGAAGGGGUACAACUCGAUGCCGGUGAACCUGCUGGGCACCCUGUUCCACAAGGCCAUGAAGGCCCGCAAGCGCCUUGGCGCCGUCGUGGCCCACAUCAUCUCGGCCCGGCGCGAGCGGCAGCGCGGCAGCGACCUCCUGGCCUCGUUCCUGGACGACCGCGAGGCCCUCACCGAUGACCAGAUCGCCGACAACGUCAUCGGCCUCAUCUUUGCCGCCCGCGACACCACCGCCAGCGUCCUCACCUGGAUGGUGAAGUUCCUCGGCGACCACCCGUCCGUCCUCAGAGCCGUCAUCGAUGAGCAAGAGGAGAUCGCGAGGUCGAAGGCGCCCUCGGGGGAGCCCCUGACAUGGGCGGACACGCGGCGGAUGCGCAUGACGAGCCGUGUGAUCCAGGAGACCAUGCGGGUGGCGUCCAUCCUCUCCUUCACCUUCCGGGAGGCCGUGGAGGACGUGGAGUACCAAGGGUACCUGAUCCCCAAGGGCUGGAAAGUGCUUCCCCUGUUCCGGAACAUCCACCACAGCCCCGACCACUUCCCCUGCCCUGAAAAGUUCGACCCGUCCCGAUUCGAGGUGGCGCCCAAGCCCAACACGUUCAUGCCGUUCGGGAACGGGACCCACUCGUGCCCAGGCAGCGAGCUCGCCAAGCUGGAGAUGCUCGUCCUCUUCCACCACCUCGCCACCAAGUACAGGUGGUCCACCUCCAAGUCCGAGAGCGGCGUGCAGUUCGGCCCCUUCGCGCUGCCGCUCAACGGCCUGCCCAUGACCUUCACCCGCAAGGACUGACGGACUGAGCUGCUGCACGGAAGGAAAACCAAACGGAAACAGGUGGAUGGUGGUAUAUACCGCUGCUACUACUACUACUACUACGUACGAACGCGGAAACGGCCGCCGGAAUUGGCGAACCGCGGCGGUCGCCAUCGGACGGGACCGCGGCAUGGGGUCAAUUCAAGAUAGCGCGAGUCCGUGUACAGAUUCUUCUUCAGCUAGUAGGACCGCAAGCCAGAAGAGUGGACUAAAAACAAGAUUAGGCGUAGGUGUCAGUCAGUGUAAGCUACUCCAGUAGGGAUCACCCAACGCCGCAAAGAAGUGGCGCUUCAUUGUAUAACCAAACCAUUUCGAUCUUCUUCUUCCUUUUCCUUCGAUUUUUUUAAGCCAACACCUAUAGGAGAAGAAAAACAAAAGAAAGAGAGAGGCCCUGAUUGGGAUGUAAGCUAGCUAGGUUGUCCGCCUGAAAGCAGGCUGGCAGCUACGCCGAAUAAUCCAUGGACGGAUGGAUGCAGCUAAGACCGGGAGAGCGACCCCCUUUGUAUUGUUUCGUCCAACGCAAGAGAAAGUGACUUCUCAUUAAAUUUUGAAGUGCAUGCACA